UUCAAAUUGAAAAAAGAUGAACGCUAUACCGUUCUAAAAAAAAAAAUAAUGAACUGAUUAUGGCUCAAUGCGAUUUGCAAAAAAUAUUUUUGGACGCAUUUUAUUGUCUGAUUGUCAGUCACAACAAACAGAGAAAGAGAAAACGAAGAGAGUCGAAUAAGCCGAUUUAAUAACGAAAAUAAGAACGACCGUAUUCGAAAAUAUUAUUUUUGAAAACCAAAAGAAAAUUGAAAAAAUCCGAUACAUGGAAAAUGAUCUUGUCCCCCAAUAUUUAUGUAACAAAAUUAGAUAUGCGAAUGGAUUCCACAAUAGAAACACAAGAAGCAGAAAUGAAUUUAGGCUUCCUGAUAUAAGAACUGAGAACGCAAGAAAAUGUAUAUUGUACAACGGAGUAAAAUUACUUAACGAUUUGCCAAAUGAACUAAAGAAUAUAAAUAGUAUUAACAUAUUUAAAAAGAGACUUGCCUUGCACAUAAAAGAAUAGGAUUUAGGGAUUUUAUUAAAUGUACAACCAAAAAAAAAGCGAAAGCUAAUCACAAAUAAAAUAAAAAUACAUUCCCGUCUCAGUCCGUCUGAAAGAUAUAUUUUCUAUGAUCGUAGAAAUUCUUUUUAAGAUUCGAUCUUUAAAUCAAAAAUGUGCAUUAAAAGGAUUAUUUUCCAAGUGCGUCAACCUGCCAAAUAGAAACCGAAAUAAAAAGCAUCUUUCAAUAUAUAUUUUUUUUCUUAAGUUAUAAUGAGCAAUUUCAGCCGCAACUUCAAUGAAAUAUAAAAAAGUGCCAAAAAUUCAUGCACACGGACAAAGGAGUACACGUGACUCAAACAAUAAAAAUCAUCAUAGAUUCAAGCAAUAAAAACUACAUGCAGAGUUAUCGAAUAAAAUACCACAAAAAAUCACAUGAAAUGGUGAAAUGAUUGGACGAAGAUCAGAACGGAACAGCAUUUCCUCAAUGUUGGUGUUAUGCUCUCUCACUCGUGUCCUUUGUAGGCAUUGAAGAGACGAGUAAACAAUUAAUAUGAACAAAUAGACGGCGACGUUGACGACAACAAGGUGUUGUGUGUAUUGGUCUGUGCGUGUACUCUUUGUUUGUGUGUAUGUGUGUGUGUGUGAGUGCUGUUGAUCAACGAUAUGAUUUCGAUAGUUUUUAAAUGGUGCUAGACGACAGUGGUAGGGAUGACGUCACGCACUGCAUGCGUUUGGCGUACUCACUAUUGCAGCCGAACGUCGUUCACACACGUGUAUCAGUUCCUUUUCAGCAUUUGCACUCGUAACACACAUUUUUCGGUGCACUCCGUACUCGUCGCACAAAUAAAGACUUAGAAAAUUUAAUUUUGAAAAUUUGUUCUAUUCCAACAAAGAUAACACAAUUUUUCGAAGUUCAACCAAAAGUGAAAAUAACUGACCGAACCAAGGAAAUUCAAUUAGUUUUUGUAUUGAGUCAAAAGUGAAGAGACAUUCAUGCAUAACUUUGCCGGUUUUUUGUGAUAAAUUGAAUUUUUUUUAAAUUGAAAUUUCGUAAUUUGUGUGGGCAGUUGCAAAGAAAUCAUACAAGUGUGAAGAUCGGAGAUAAAGCAAGUAUCUGGUAUUGAAGAACGGAAAUUAAAUAAAAGACAGACAUGGAACAUCAUCGCAUUUACAAUAAUCCGCCUUUGCACUGGGGCUAUUCGUCAACGUCGCACGCGAUGCAUAAUACUUGGGUUCCGCCUCCAAGUCGUGGCACUAAACGAUCUAUCUCCGAAAGUGAUUGCGAAGAUAACUACUCGGAAACAUCGUCCAAAGAUACAUCGCCAAAAGGUGAUGCAGACAGUUGCCAGCAAUUGACCCGUAAGAAGCGACGUGGUGUGAUUGAGAAGAAGCGUCGUGACCGGAUCAAUUCGUCAUUGUCUGAGCUCAAGCGCUUAGUCCCAUCGGCUUACGAAAAGCAAGGCUCAUCGAAAUUGGAGAAGGCUGAAAUUUUACAAUUAACUGUUGAUCACUUGAAAAAUCUCCACUCAAAAGGAAUAGAUUCGAUGACAUUUGAUCCGCAGCGAUACGCGAUGGAUUAUCACGUAAUUGGUUUUCAAGAGUGUGUUUCUGAAGUGGCUCGAUAUUUGAUUGCCCACGAAGGCAUGGAUAUUCAAAAUCCAUUGCGGAUGCGUCUGUUGUCUCAUCUCCGGUGCUUUGCCGCCCAACGUGAGCUGUCAAUAAAGUCAGCGACUCCGUCUGCCAAUCAGAAUUGGACAGCAACCACCCCAGCAUAUCCAUUGCCACAGAAUAAUUACGCAUCAACAACGACCAGUGCAUUGGCACCACCGCCACCGCCACCACUCUUAGCUCCACGAUCGUUACAAACACCCACCACAUCAACAGUCACUUCAUCGAUAUUGGCAUCAUCGGUUCCAUCCAGCCCAGCGACAGCAAUGUAUUCCAGUAGCUACGCAUCAUCCUCCAAUUAUCCAUACGUUCCAAAUUUGGCGCCGACAGGAUCCAGCGACAUUUUCGCCGAACCACACACACCAACAAGCACCGCUGGAGCUGUGCCGUCAAACGAAUCACUUUCAGCCCAUGCACAAAUGCAGACACAUCAACAGCAACAGCAGCAACAGCAGCAACAAAAUCAUUAUGUGCAACAUCAAGAUCAGAAUGGGUCCACGUACACAGAUCUGUCAUCGACUCAGCGCAACGCUGUGGUUAGCAUUGGAUACACCAAUCAGUAUAAUCCAAUGUCGGGUUUCAGUCACACGGCUACUGAACACAGCCAUCAUGAAGACUCAUUGUCUGGAACAUACAAUAACAAACCAUAUCGUCCAUGGGGCGGCCCAGAAAUGGCCUAUUGAACCAACCAAUUUUAUGAAUGCAUUUCAUUUUUUGUAGAGACAAAAAUGAUGACGAUCUCCAUUUUUAUGUAUAAAAAUCCUUUUGAACUUUCGAAGAAAAACAAAUUUUUCUAACAAAACGCACAACGUAAACGAAAAUCACAUAAUUUAUUAAUAAUUUUUACAACGAAAUUCUAAAGCGGAAAGAAAUACAAUUUUCUCUCGCAUAUAUAUUUUUUGUAACGACAAGCGCCUAGUCAUAGCAUUGUAAGGAUUGUAUAUAUUUAUAUCAAAUUAUUUUAUUUUUCUGAAUUGAAUGAAAAAGAACGUAUUUUGCUCAACAUAACUUAAUGUUACAAUUCAAAUGUAACCAAGUCUAAGUCAUUCCAUUGAGGAAAUGAGAACGAAAAAAAAUUGUAGCUUUAAAAUGGCAGGAACAACCAUAUAUAAUAUAACAAACAUAUGAAUUAUUUAUUUUUCCAUACUUAUUAAGACAAAAAAAC